UCAUAAUUUAUGAACCACAAUUUAGCAAGAAUUUAUAACGUUUCACAGUAGGUAGAUGAAUGUCGCGGUAGUUCGUUGAUGAUCGCAACCAUAUCCCAGCUGAGACACGCAACUGGUGGCUGCUACUUGCUCAACGUCUGAGAUGUCUUUCUUGAGUUGGGGUCGCCCCUCUCCCCAAGACCAAAAAGCUUGCAUCAACAAGUCCGGUACUUUCAACUAUGAUGACAAAUAUAAAGGUGCUACUGCUAAAUCACUGUCUUCCCUUAAAGCAGACGCGGGGCUGUCCAAAGAUGGAUUUUUACUGAAUGAGGCACGAGUUCUGGUUGGUUCCGGUAUUGAGACUUUUGAAAAAAGCAAGAGUGCCCUCAAAAGUUGGAGGCAUUUUGGAUUGAAUUGGGCAUUUGUUGAUCCCAAAACACCAGUUCAACAAGGAGUGAAAUUCUGUGUUUGUGUCAAGGAGUUCUUUCCGUGGCUCACGAUGCCACUUCAGGUUGUGUACGUAAAUGAAACUCCAAAAGCCAAAAACCGCCGGGCUUCCUUUGCUUUCGGAAGUGGCACUCUUCAUGGUCACUUGCUGGCUGGGGAAGAGCGCUUUUCAGUGGAGAUAGAUGAGAACAAUCAGGUUUGGUAUGAAGUGCUUUCUUUCUCUAAACCUGCCCACAUUUUAUCAUUUCUUGGAUACCCUUAUGUGAUGCUUAGGCAGAAACACUUUGCCAAUGAAUCUUCCAAGGCUAUGCUGAAACAUAUUAAUUCUUCAAAAUCCUAAGGAAAAAUAAUGUUUGUUAUUUGUAAUUGAAGAAGAUUUGAAUCUUUAUUUUCCUUUUCCUCUCCCUUUUUGGGUAAAUAUUCUGCCUCUUACCCUUGUCAGACACGUCUCUAAAACAUUCCUUCAUUAAACUGUGUCAUUAUGAUGUUUUGUUUGCCUUUGGUGAUGGAUGGGACGCUAUCUUCCCUUUACUCUUUUACUAUCCCCUGAGACGCUUUCUAGUUGAACUCUGUUGAUAUGCGCCUUCAUAUGUUUUGAGCAAAACUUUCCAAGCUAAAUUUGUCGUUUUGGACUGCAAUUUUUAUUUCAAGAACAACUAGCUUCACAGAAUGACAGAUUAAAAAAGAAAGCUUUUUCCAAACUAUACUAUCUUCAUCUACUAGUUUGCCAACUUUGGAUUGUUCUCCUUUUGUUUGUUCAGUAAAACAUUUAUGUAUAAUCUCAACCAUCAACUACCAAAAAACAUCACUUCAUAACUGUUGGUGUCGAAACAAAAUUCGAUCAAGUCCUUCCACGUACCAAAACCUUUUCUUCCACAAAACUUGACAAUUACCAAUCAUACCUGUUGAAGAUGGCUUCAUCGUGUGCUUGAACUUGUCGUCACCAUGUCAUGACUAGCUCUAAUGUCAAAUGUUUGGCAAAAUAAAAAAGAAAUUGCCUCGGCUAAACAAUAACUUUUUUGAUAUUGUAACAAAACAGACAAAUAUUUUGAUGAUCACCUCAUUCUAGGACUCGUUGCAGUUAAUCUAAUGCUCUGUUUUUUUUUUGUCACAGUACAAACCUCUUAUUAUACGAGGCCAUAGUUUGAUUAUCAUUUCCUGAAAUAGACAAGUAACAACUAAUAAUCACUAUAUACAUUAACAUGAAUUGCCCCUUUUUUUCUGAUUGAAUUUAGCCUUUAUCUGAAUAAACACAAAUAGAUCCUAUUUAAGGUUAGUUUGUGUGACAUGAGAACAAGAUCAGUUUCUAACACCUGGCACCCUUUUAUCUCCAUCUCCUCCUUAGAACUUUCCCCUUGUCUUCUUCCCACUGCACCUUUCACCUUUCCUUUCCCCAUGUUUAAAGUUUAUGUUCUAUAUUUUCCUAGAUUUUUUCAUCAGUUUUAUUUUCAUGCUGUGACACUGGAAUCUGUUAUGGAGUGAUUAUCGCAAGGCUUCUUCAUAUUUGUUCAUAGUAUUUUAUCUUGUUUUCUAUUUAUAUUGUUGUGUUGGACUAUACAAAGUUGAGCCCAUUCUCUGAUUUGAACGGCGCUGGCAGAAGG